AUGACCAACUUUGUUAAAGAUAUCGAAGAAAUACCGAACUUGAAGCCACCACAAGAGACAUUUGUGGAUGACCCAACAUCAUUAAAAGAUAUUCAUUUAGAUGAAUUAACUUUUGAUUUGAUGAAUGGAUUGAAAAACGUCAAUAAUUUGCACAUAUUUCAUGUCAUUUAUAUCUAUGCCCUGUUUAUUAAAUUUAUGAUUAAAUUACAACAAAAUCCCCAACUUUAUGACAAAUUUAGGCAACAGCAAUUGCAAAAAUUGGAAGAAAGAGAAGAAGCUGCUAUGGCUCGACUCUUGAAUAAGAAUAAAGCAAGUAAUGGAGGUCAGAAUGGUUAUGCUUCAGCUUCUUGUUCAGUUUCACCACCAAUCUCGCAUUCAAAUUCAACAUCUACUACAAAUUCAUUGGGAUCUUCUACUGGUACACUAAGAACAGAUGAGCAUAGUGAUAAAACAGGAACAGCACCUCCAUUGGUAACUACUGACCACAUGGAUGUCGAUGAUGGAAAAACAGUUGUUGAGGAUUUUGCAGAUGGAAAUGAUUUACCAGCAGACAUACUACUAGACAGAAAUGAUAAUGAUGAAGUAGUAUUUAAUGAUGAAAACAUUGACAAUAUCAACUUUAAUUACAGUAGUAAUAAAGACAAUGAUGAAGGUGAUCAUUCUCCGGCUAAAUAUAUCCCAAUUGACACCUUACUUGAAAAUUUUAAAUUGGAUGAAGUUAAUUCAGCAUCAUCGUCAGAAGAAGAACUCCCCUCCAAGAGUAGUAAUAGCAGCGGUAGAAACACCGCCACCACUACCACCACCGCUGCUAUAUCUAAUUUCCGUACAUCAUUGAUCUCGGAAAUCGAACACUCGCAAAAAAUCAACCAUGCCAAUCAGCAAUUGGUUAAAGUUUUCCAGUUGAUUAAAACUCCUAAUUUACCCAUUGAACAAUUCCUUUUACGUAUAAAGCAAUACUCGCCCUCAAUCUCAACUACAGCCUACCUCCAUUCCAUAUACAUCUUGUUCAAACUAACCACCUUACUCGGUCAAGUUACACUAACUACCAACAAUUCUUUUCGAUUCACCGUGGGAGCAAUCAGAACAUGCACCAAGUUGCUUGACGACGUUUAUCAAAAACAACAGAAUUUCACUCAUGUUGUUGGUGUUAGUUUACGUGACUUGUCAAAGAUUGAAGUCAAUUUUUGCUAUUUGAUUAAUUUCAACUUUAAUUUGAAAUGUUUGGAUUUGGUGUUGGCUCAGUUUUUGAAAGUGGAGUUUGUUGAGUUGUGCCAGUUUAUGAAGGUGGAGCUGAAUGAAGUUUAUAAUGAAGUUGUCAAUGGUUUUUGA